AUGACCGAUCGACAUGGCACGAAAAAUGUCGGGACACUCCACACGGCCGAAAUUGAGGAUUCCUACGAUUAUAUCUUUUCUGGUGUCGGUAGCAGCAAGAUCCUGGUCUCCUCGCAGCAGGUUGUAGAAGUCCACCAUCUCCAUAAAUUUCUCCAUUCCACCCCUUCUAUCCAGUCUUUCUACACCGGAUUAUGCUUCUCUCUGUUCGAUUUGGGAUUGGUUUCAACGCUGAUGUUGCUGUUUCUUAUACUACUCUCAUGGGCUGCCCAAGACUUCCCCAAAGGGGUAAACAUCCUAAUAAAUCCAUCAAGAGAUAACAUUAAGCAGGGGGACAUGGUGACCCUGACGUGCCAGUAUAAUAGCACUUACCCGGCAGUGAGCGGCUACACGUGGUACAAGAACAACAAGGUCUUUUCCACAGAGCCAAUCGUCUCCUUCCCGAGCAUCACCCGACAUGAUUUUGGGGACUUUCAGUGUGAAGUGCAAAACCCAGUGGGAACUGGGGCCUCGGAGGUCACCCGGCUUAUUGUGUUCUCGGCAAGCACCUUAAUAAAUCCAUCGUCAGAAGUGAGAGAAGGUGAGACAGUGACUAUGACUUGUGAUGUCCCUGGUGCCGACCCAGAGCAGAUCCACUACAGCUGGUAUAAGAACAGUAUCUGGAUUAAGGAUGGAGCCUCCCGCUCCCUGAUAUUCUAUGAGGCUUCAGCCUCCGAUGCGAGAUACUACAACUGCAAAGUACAGAACGACAAGGGCAGCGAUUCUUCUCCACCCGUUAUUUUAAAUGUCUUGUUGGCUCGGAUUCUUGUUACGCCAUCUACAGAGGUUUUAGAGAGUGAGAAGGUGGUGCUCACCUGCGACCUUACCAAGACCCAACUGGAGGGAACUGUGUACAUUUGGUACAAGAACAGUAAGAGGCUUCGGGAAUCAUCUGAAAAGACCUUGGUGUUUGAUGAGAUAAAGAGCAAUGAUUCAGGCUAUUACCACUGCAAAGCUCACAGUUCUCAGGACAGUAUCAUUUCUCCAUCAGUGUCUCUCCAUGUGGCAUCAUCUGGAAUCCUGAUCAGUCCAUCGUCACUAGUACAGGAAGGAAUGACUGUGAAUCUGACGUGCCUGGUAGCCACUAAUGCUCUUGGGGAGGUCAAAUACAAUUGGUUCAAAAAUGGAAAGGAGCACCCCCGGGGCAGUACCAAGACUCUUCUGUUUGGCAGGGUCUCCGGUGAGGAUGCAGGAUUGUACUACUGCACAGUACAGAGUGACAAAGCAACAAAAGCUUCACCAGCAAUCAAUUUAAAUGUCACGUAUGCCCCAAGGAAUGCCUACAUAAAAUCAUUCGUGGAGAUCCAAAAUGGAAAAGUCGCCAUUAUUCAGUGUGGGGUAGACAGUAAUCCUCCCUCCCAGCUGGAUUUAAUGAAAGAGCACCAGCCUGUGGCUUCUUCGGGUAACAGUGGCCUUUACCUUCAGAGGUAUAACCCUUACUUUUCCCCAAAUACCCUGCGAUUGGAGAUCAAAGACCUCAUGCCAAGCGAUGAAGGAACCUACAUCUUCACGGCAAAGAAUGUCCAUGGCACAACAUUGGUGUCCUCGCAUCUCACUGUAGAAGGGGCUCGUGUUUUGGUCAGCCCGUACCCAAAGCUGAACGAGGGUCAGUUGGCCACCUUGACCUGUAACGUCCUGAAUACGCCACAACCAGUGACCAGUUAUACUUGGUAUAAGAAUGGCAGAUGGUUCCAGGAAGGUUUGCCGGGGUCCCUGGUGUUUGAACAGUUGCUCAGCUCUGACGCAGGUUCCUACGCCUGUACUGGAAACACUGCCAAUGGCACACGGCCCUCCUCACCCGUCUCAUUAUAUGUGCAGUACCCCCCGCGGAACCUGUCCCUCUCCUCCUUCUUGGAAACGCAGGGCAAACGCCAGGGAGUCAUAACCUGCAGUGUGGAAAGCCAACCACCCUCCGAUCUGCUGUUAUACAAGGGCGAUCAAAUCACGGCUUCCUCCGUCCCCCUAAAUGCAAACAAACGCGUGAGAUUGUCUAUAUCCCAUAAUGCCGUGAGGCUGGAAAUGUAUGAGGUGGCCCUAGAAGAUCAAGGAGACUAUACCUGCCGGGCUACGAAUUCUUUGGGAGCCUCACAAACCUCUGUUCAUUUCUCGUUGCAAGCCAAAGUGGUGGUGACGCCAUCGGCCGAGCUGUGGGAAGGAGGAUCGGCCACUCUCACUUGCCAGAUUGCCAGCUCUGCAGCCCAGAAUUCCAGCUUUACCUGGUAUAAGAAUAACCAAUGGCUGAAGGAUGGUGCCGAGGCCUCUCUUGUGCUGAUGAAAGUGUCCAAAGCCGACGUUGGGUUGUACCACUGCCUUGCCAAGUACGGGAGCCAAGAAAGCAUCUCCUCUCCGGUUGCAGUUACUGUACUCUAUGCUCCUAAGAACCUUCAGGUUACGUCAUUCUUGGAACCUCAGAGGAAGGAUCAGGGAAUUAUUCUGUGCAAGGUGUAUAGUGUUCUCCCAUCUGUUAUCACUCUGCAUAGAGAGGGCACCCUCCUGGCCAGCACCACGCCAGUCCAGCCUGAUCAAGGUCACAAAUUCUGGUCAUUUUCCUCCCACAACUAUUUAAAGCUGGAAAUAAGAGAUGUCACUUCUGAGGAUUCUGGGAGAUACGUCUGCACUGCCAACAACACAAUAGGAAGUGCAACAACUUCUGUUUCAUUUACCACAAAUGAUAAGGAAGUUCUAGUGUAUAAAGUCACUGCUGGGGCCACGCUCCUAUGCGUUGUGAUCUUAGUGGCCACCAUCAUUGCCAUGUGCCGGAGGAAAAAAGUGUGGUACACAAAGCAAACAGACAAAAACUGUAUAGAGAUGGAUAACAACGGGACAACAAAGGUACACUGUGUAUUUCACCAUUUAUUUACUUAUCUCAGUGUGUUACUUGGUUUGGCCAACAGUAAAGAUGUUCUUCUACUGUGUUAUUUCCUAUGCAAGAACAGAGAAUGGGGCACAUGCUGGUAGUCUAGGGGAGUAGCGAGUCAUAUUUUCAGUAUAGACAUCCUGGCAUUUAUGUGCCCCAGCCCACUGGCAUCAAAGCCUGUUGGUGGAGCUGAGGGAGUGGCUUUUUACCAGGGGUAUUAGUGUAUUUGCAAGACAAUUUCUGGGUAAAAGUGAUAGCUGUGCUCCAAUAGCAAUACAUCCUCUUCCAUUAUUGCCUAUAAUUUAUUUAACUCUUCUAUAUGAGACGCUGUUAUCCUGAUGCCCCAGCUUUGUGACUGGAGAUGUUUGGACACUUUGGGCACAUGGGAAUGUCAAUGCCUUUUCUGCUUUGGAGUCGUAGUACAACAUGGUGGUUACUCCUCUGUAGAUACCAAAGAACUUUGCCACAACUGCAAAUAUCACAGAAGAAAGAUUGGAAUUGUCUGAUUUUCUUCUUCCUACACCUUCUGGCUCCUUCUCAAAAACUGAAUCUUCCUAAGCCCUAAUAUAGAGCCACCUACAGUAUGAAUCUGAACCUCCUACAGUAUAAACCUGAGCCUCCUACAGUAUAAACCUGAGCCUCCUACAGUAUGAAUCUGAGCCUCCUACAGUAUAAACCUGAGCCUCCUACAGUAUGAAUCUGAGCCUCCUACAGUAUAAACCUGAGCCUCCUACAGUAUAAACCUGAGCCACCUACAGUAUGAACCUGAGCCACCUACAGUAUAAACCUGAGCCUCCUACAGUAUAAACCUGAGCCACCUACAGUAUAAACCUGAGCCUCCUACAGUAUAAACCUGAGCCUCCUACAGUAUAAACCUGAGCCUCCUACAGUAUAAACCUGAUCCACCUACAGUAUAAACCUGAGCCACCUACAGUAUGAAUCUGAGCCUCCUACAGUAUAAACCUGAGCCUCCUACAGUAUAAACCUGAGCCACCUAUAGUAUGAACCUGAGCCACCUACAGUAUGAACCUGAGCCACCUACAGUAUGAAUCUGAACCACCUGCAGUAUAAACCUGAGCCUCCUACAGUAUGAACCUGAGCCACCUACAGUAUGAACCUGAGCCACCUACAGUAUGAACCUGAGCCUCCUACAGUAUAAACCUGAGCCACCUACAGUAUAAACCUGAGCCUCCUACAGUAUAAACCUGAGCCUCCUACAGUAUAAACCUGAGCCUCCUACAGUAUAAACCUGAGCCUCCUACAGUAUAAACCUGAGCCUCCUACAGUAUAAACCUGAGCCUCCUACAGUAUAAACCUGAUCCACCUACAGUAUAAACCUGAGCCACCUACAGUAUGAAUCUGAGCCUCCUACAGUAUAAACCUGAGCCUCCUACAGUAUAAACCUGAGCCUCCUACAGUAUAAACCUGAGCCACCUAUAGUAUGAACCUGUGCCACCUACAGUAUAAACCUGUGUCACCUACACUAUAAACCUGAGCCACCUACAGUAUGAACCUGAGCCACCUACAGUAUGAACCUGAGCCACCUACAGUAUGAACCUGAGCCUCCUACAGUAUGAACCUGAGCCUCCUACAGUAUGAACCUGAGCCACCUACAGUAUGAACCUGAGCCACCUACAGUAUGAACCUGAGCCACCUACAGUAUGAAUCUGAACCACCUGCAGUAUAAACCUGAGCCUCCUACAGUAUGAACCUGAGCCACCUACAGUAUGAACCUGAGCCACCUACAGUAUGAACCUGAGCCACCUACAGUAUGAACCUGAGCCACCUACAGUAUGAACCUGAGCCUCCUACAGUAUGAACCUGAGCCACCUACAGUAUGAACCUGAGCCACCUACAGUAUGAACCUGAGCCACCUACAGUAUGAACCUGAACCACCUACAGUAUGAACCUGAGGCUCCUACAGUAUGAACCUGAGCCACCUACAGUAUGAACCUGAGCCACCUACAGUAUGAACCUGAGCCACCUACAGUAUAAACCUGAGCCUCCUACAGUAUGAACCUGAGCCACCUACAGUAUGAACCUGAGCCACCUACAGUAUGAACCUGAGCCACCUACAGUAUAAACCUGAGCCUCCUACAGUAUGAACCUGAGCCUCCUACAGUAUGAACCUGAGCCACCUACAGUAUGAACCUGAGCCACCUACAGUAUGAACCUGAGCCACCUACAGUAUGAACCUGAGCCACCUACAGUAUGAACCUGAGCCACCUACAGUAUGAACCUGCUCACAGGUUUUUGCCCCCACUGCCUGAAGCUAAUGACUUUCUACCAUUCAACGCUUUGGAAGAGAACCAAUGAGGCUACAGAAGUGUGAGAAGAGAAAGACUUUAGGUGACCAUACACAAUAAGAUCUGCUCGUUUGGUGAGGUUGCCAAACAAGCGGAUCUUACGCCUGAAAUACCCACCAAAAGCAGGGUGACAUUGGGUUAAUCUGAUUGUUCGGAGCUGGGCCAAAAGACCAGAUUACAAAAAGGGAAAUGGGCACCGAUGGGUGGUAGAACCCCAUCAACUAGCCGAUGUGUUAUUCAAUAGCAGGAAAAAUCAAACCUGCCUGAUCGAUAUCUGGACGAAUUAUAGCCUGAUAUUGAUCGGGGAAACCCGUCGGAAGUCCCAACACAUGGCAGAUAAACUGCUGAAUCAGUUUAAAAGAACCAAUAUCGGCAGCUUCAAUUUGCCCGUGUAUGACCACCUUUUGUAUCUUUCUACAAAUUACUCCCCUCCUCGCUAUCCAUGUUCCCUGAGCUCCCUGCUAAUUCCAUUCUGUAUCUUUUUAGCAUCUCAUUCAUAACUCCCAUCACUUCCCCCAAAGCCAGCGUAGAGCCUUGCUCAAUCUAUAUUAUCUCCUACACCUCCAUAAGACCCAGAUUCCUAGUGAGCAACUCCAUUCAGGAACCUGCAUCCCCCGAAUAAACCCUUCAGCUUCACCUAGUUCCUCUGUUUACUCCAUCUUCAUAAUCUUCUACCCCUUCCCCAUCACCUCCAGAACAUUCAUCUCCUCCAUUUCCCUAAGCAGCUUUCUCUGAUUAUUGACUCCAUCUGCUCUUACAUAACCUUCCAUCAAACAAAACUAUGUUCCAUCAUCCCAAAAUGUCCCAUAUAUAGAUACCACCAAAAGAAUCACUUACCCACCCAAGAUAGCUCAUUAGGAUUAGUUUCUCAUCUCACUCCAUCAGUAUAUUGUCCUACCCCACGGCACUCAAGUCUACAAGAAUAAUCUCUUCCAUCUCCUUGAUGGGUUCCAUCUUAAAUAAUCUCUAUGCUACUGUAAUAAACACCAUCUCCAUCAGCUCUACUUGCAUAAAUACCCCAUCUCUCUGUGCCAGCUCCACCUGAGAAAUCUCCCCUGAGAAAAUCAUGGGGACACAAGAAGAUUAAUUAGGUUUUCUCAGAAAUAAAUGAGAACUACCUCUUCUUCAUCAACUGCACCCCAACAACAGACAUGAUGGACAUGAGUUGCUGAUAAAUCAGUUGCGGGUCAGUUCCGCUAUCAUCUUAUCUAAUCUGCCCCAUAACCGGUGUCACUUGGCCUCCGUGGUAUUUCUGCUAAUUGUAAUAAACAUGUAAUAGUAGAUUGAGCCACCGGGUUCCAGCAGAGCAUUGCAAUGAACAUGGGUGGAUCUCAGAACAAGGGGCUGCAUAUGAUGCAUUCAGCAGGGGUCAGUCUGUGACCUGCAUGCAGCUGUGGCGCCUAGGGAUGCAAUUGCUUAUUUUAUAAACUUCUUUAGUACAACUCCCUUUCAACAAAUUCAUUCCAAUAAUCGAUAGUGCCACCAGAUGGCAGUAUAAGUAUUCUAUAACAUCGCACCUCUGAAAUCUAAAUGCCAUUGUUAAUUAUACCACUAGGUGGCAGCAAAGUAUACAGUAUAUUUUGAUAAACAACAAUGAGUUGAGGGCAUAUAAAUAGAAAAUAAAUAAAAGCUUGAACUUGA